ACAGUAGCCUGAUCUCAAAGUGUCUCCUAUGGUGGAGGAACCGUAAACAGUUAUCACGUUUCUUUAACUGUCAACGACACCACUCUUUUCCAAACCAGAAUGUUUCUUUAACUGUCAACGACACCACUCUGUUCCAAACCAGAAUGUUCUCUUCACUUACGAAAACUCCACAACUCAUUUCUUCACCAUUUUACACGUUCCUUGCACCACACCAGAGGCUCCUCUCAAAAGGGUGCUGCAGACAAUGGAGACAUUCCAUGUUUGUGAACGCAAAAACCCUUCUCAAAGAUGGCAUUCUCAGUGUAGAUGGCAAGGAUGCACUAAGGGGUGUGCCUGAAAAUGUGGUGGUCACACCAUUCACUGCUUCAUCUGCUUUCAUUGGAGCCUCUUGCGCUCAUGCAAGUUCACGCCUUGUGUUCAAGCUUGGAGUUAUCCAGAAUGUCAGAUUAUUGUGCCUGUUCAGAUUUAAAAUUUGGUGGAUGAUACCUCGUGUGGGGAACUCCGGAAGGGACAUUCCUGUUGAAACUCAGAUGUUGCUUUUGGAAGCAAGAGAAAGAAUGGAUUCACAAUCAUCCAAGGAACAGAAUUCAUACAUCAUUUUCCUGCCAGUUCUAGAUGGUGAAUUUAGAAGCAGCUUGCAAGGAAAUUCAUCCAAUGAACUUGAACUUUGCGUUGAAAGUGGAGACCCAGCAGUAGUUACAUCCCAAUCCCUAAAUGCUGUUUUCAUAAAUUAUGGAGACCAUCCAUUUGAUCUAGUGAAGGAAUCUAUCAAGUUCUUAUCAGAACACAGUGGUACCUUUUCACAGAGGGAAACCAAACAGAUGCCAGGCAUGUUAGAUUGCUUUGGUUGGUGCACUUGGGAUGCUUUUUAUCACAGUGUUAAUCCUCAGGGAAUCAGGGAUGGACUCAAAAGUUUAUCUGAAGGAGGCACACCAGCAAAAUUCUUGAUAAUAGAUGAUGGAUGGCAAGACACUGUGAAUGAGUUUCAAAAAGAUGGGGAGCCAUUUAUUGAAGGAUCACAAUUUGGUGGCAGAUUGAUCAGCAUCAAAGAAAAUAAUAAAUUCCGAGCAAUAGGAAAUGUUGCUGAAAAUGGGGCACCGAUUAGUCUAAAGGAUUUUGUUUCAGAAAUCAAGAGCACUUUUGGUCUCAAAUAUGUCUAUGUAUGGCAUGCCCUACUGGGUUACUGGGGAGGGUUAGAUCCAAAUGCAUCAGGAACUAAGAAGUAUGAUCCAAAACUUAGAUACCCAGUGCAGUCACCAGGGAAUUUAGCAAAUGCAAGGGAUUUAUCUAUUGAUGCCAUGGAGAAGUAUGGUAUCGGUGUCAUUGAUCCAGCUAAAAUUUCAGAGUUUUAUGAUGAUCUACACAGUUAUCUUGUCUCUCAAAACAUUGAUGGAGUUAAGGUUGAUGUUCAGAACAUACUGGAAACAAUUUCAAGUGAUCUGGGAGGACGUGUUUUUCUCACUAGACAUUUUCAACAGGAGCUUGAAAAGUCCAUAUCAACCAAUUUUCAGGACAAUAGCAUAAUCUGCUGCAUGGGUCAUAGCACAGACUCUUUUUACCACUCAAAACAAAGUGCAAUUACGCGAGCAUCUGAUGACUAUUAUCCAAAAAACCCCACAACUCAGUCUCUACAUAUAGCUGCUGUAGCUUUCAACAGCAUAUUCCUUGGUGAAAUUGUUGUACCGGACUGGGACAUGUUCUAUAGUCUCCACGAUGCAGCUGAGUUCCAUGCAGCUGCUAGAGCAGUUGGAGGAUGUGGAGUAUAUGUAAGUGACAAACCUGGUCAACAUGAUUUCAAUGUAUUGAAAAAGCUUGUACUUCCUGAUGGAUCAGUUCUCAGAGCCAGAUACCCUGGGAGACCAUCGCGUGAUUGCUUAUUUGUUGAUCCAGUUAUGGAUAAAAAGAGCCUUCUCAAGAUUUGGAACUUGAACAAAUGUGGGGGAAUCAUAGGCAUCUUUAAUUGCCAAGGAGCAGGUUCUUGGCCUGGUCUUGAAAGUGAGGCUGAGGAAGACAUUAUUUUUGAGCUAUCUGGCAAGGUUUCUCCCUCAGACAUUGAGUAUUUUGAAGAGGUUUCAGGAGGUCCAUGGACUCAAGAUUGUGCAGUUUUUCGCUUCAAUACAGGAUAUCUGACACGACUAUCAAAGGAAGAAUCAUUUGAUGUCACAUUAAAAGUAUUGCAGUGUGAAGUAUUCACAGUAUCUCCUAUAAAGGUUUAUAAUCAAACAAUCCAGUUUGCACCAAUAGGACUAACAAACAUGUAUAACUCUGGUGGAGCUGUUGAAGCAGUUGAAUUCAGUGAUUCUUCUGCAUCAAAAAUACACUUAAGGGGUAGAGGAGGAGGUGAAUUUGGAGCUUACUCCAACUUAAGACCAAAGUCUUGCUGUGUAAAUUCUGAAGAUUUGGAGUUCAAAUUUAGAGAGGAAGAUAAACUUUUUGCAGUAACAAUUCCAGCUAAAACCACUUCAUGGAACAUCACCAUCUACUACUGAAGCCUUUUUCUUCAGAGGGAUACGAAUUGCAACAAUUGAACGAACAUCUGAGAGUGUUAUUUGUGUAACUUUUAGUAUUAUUCGUGUAAAGAACACUUUUUUCCCUAAAUCAUAAACCCUUCUGACGAAGUAAAUA